AUGGAUUCGCAGUUAUGUAAUCCACUGAUGUUUUCAAACUUUGUUUCUCGUGUAUCACAAUGGCUACAUAACAUCGCGGGGUCAGAGAUAAGCCAAAAGUACUCUCUUUCUCUCUACACUGCAGUUGCCAAAAUAUGUGAGUCAGAACUGCUGGUGCUGAUUACAGUUACCACCACCAUCGCCUUCAAGACAAGUUGGUCAAACUUCUCCUCCCCACCUCUCCAUUGUCAUCUUUCAACACUCAUUUUUUCCAUUUUUUUUUUCUGUUUUUAUUGUUCUCUUUUUUUGUCAUUGCCUUUCUUUUCAGUCCUUCUUCUCACAUUCUUGUUUGUUUUUUGGGGGUUUUUUUCUUUAUUGUCCCUCCCCCCCUGCCUAUCUCUCUGGUCGUUGAAAAUUAUUCUUUCAGCUAUAUCUCUCCUCAUUUAUAAUUUCAUGCUCUCUCUCUCCCUCUUUAUUAUUGUCUUUUCCUUUCUUGUCAUUUCACUCUCUGCAACUCUCUCAUCUUUGUUGAUUUUAUUUUUUAAAAUCUCUAUCUUGUCAAUUCUCUCUUACACUUUAAUGACUGUUAUCCCCACUCUCUCUCUCUCUCUCUCUCUCCUUUUCCAAUUCUUUUCAGUUUUAUCUUUCCUCUUUUUUUUCUCUCUUUGA